GAUCCGGAGAGGACCCUUUCCUAAAACCCUAAACCCCUAACCGGUUGUCAGAAACAGAACACAAAUCCAGAAGCUCGCAUUUUCGCUCCAUCCAUGGCGGUCAAUAGCGAUGCCCUGAAUUCCCUGAAAGCCACAGAACCGACGCAGCUACUUGCGCCGAAUCCCGCCCUCUCUCAAAUGGCUCGAGCCGCCCUGCAGGGCAUCUUCUCCUCCAUCAGGCCGUUCACGCCCAAGUCGCCGUUUGACCAGCUCCUGGUCGACGGAUUCGACGCUGAGCAGAUAUGGCAGCAAAUCGACCUCCAAUCUCAGCCCCUCAUCUCGACCCUCCGCCGCGAUUUGAAGCGGUUUGAGAAGAACCCGGAGGAGAUUAAGACGCUGAAGGUGGUCGUGGAAGGGGAGGAGAAGGUUCUGGAAGCUCAGAGCCAGGGUUUGAAGGCUAAAAUUGGGAGCUUUGACGAGGAAUUGAAUGGAUUUGACGACGACAGUGACGAGGAGGAGGAGGAGGAGGAGGAAGAAGGUGAAGGGAGUGAGAGUGAGGAGAAAGAUGGAGAGGAAGAAGAGGAGAGAGAGGAAAGUGAAAGUGAAGGGGAGGAUAAUAAUGCGAUAGAGGACGGGUUUUUCAAGAUAAAGGAUUUGAAGAAGUCUUUGGAGGAAAGUGAAGCAAGGGAAUAUGGGCUAGAUAAGACUGAUAACAAGAAAAAGAAGAGAAGGGAUGACGACGACGACGAGGAGGAUGAAGAAGAUGAGGGGCUUGGAGACUUAGACAUUGACGAUGAUGAGGAUGAUGAAGACAAGUUUGCAAGAUAUGAAGACUUCUAUGGAGGAAAAAAGGAAAAGCGUUCUACACGAAGAUCAAAAUUGAUUGAUGAAUCAGAAGAUUUGGGGACAAACGACGGAGAAGAAGAUGAACAAGACGAGGAGGAAGAUGAUCAAGAUGAAGAUGAUCAAGAAGAAGGAGAUGAAGAUGAACAAGAAGAUGAGAAGAAGCAAACAACUCUUUCAACCCAUGAAAAGAAGCUUAAGAAGCUUCAAUCCCAAAUAGAAGAGAUGGAAAAAGCAAAUUUGGAGCCAAAAAGCUGGAUCAUGCAGGGAGAGGUAACUGCAGCGACAAGGCCAAAGAACAGUGCGCUAGAAGUUGAUCUGGAUUUUGAGCACAAUGUUAGACCUCCCCCUGUAAUCACAGAGGAGGUUACAACAUCAAUUGAGGAUAUAAUCAAGAAAAGGAUCGAAGAGGGGCGGUUUGAUGAUGUUCAAAAGGCUCCUACUUUACCCUCUAAAGCACCAAGAGAACUUAAAGAGUUGGAUGAGAAUAAGAGCAAGAAGGGUCUAGCUGACGUGUAUGAGGAAGAGUAUGUUCAAAAGACGAAUUUGGCUUCUGCUCCAUUGUCAUUAACAGACAAACAGAAGGACGAGGCAAGCAAGCUGUUCAAGAAACUUUGCUUGAAGUUGGAUGCGCUCUCUCAUUUCCACUUCAGUCCAAAACCUGUUGUCGAGGAUAUGUCGGUACAAGCCAAUGUCCCUGCUCUAGCAAUGGAAGAGAUUGCACCUGUGGCCGUGUCCGAUGCAGCAAUGCUAGCUCCUGAGGAAGUGUUUUCCGGCAAAGGCGACAUCAAAGAAGAAGCAGAGCUUACACAGGCAGAGAGAAAGCGGAGGAGAGCUAACAAGAAAAGGAAAUUUAAGGCUAGGGAAGUAAAGAGGGCGAUGAAGAAGCCCCGGGGCAGCCUAGAGGAUGUGAAAUAAGCCGUUAUACAGCAAGCCAAGGAAGGAUAAGGGAAAUGGUGGUUAACUCAACCCACGCCGUGGUCGCGACUCAUUGAUUGAUUAGAAAAGAGAAGAAAGAAGACAAGGGUUAGGGGGAGUGAGCGAAAGCGGCGUCUUGAGUUCUCUGGUUGUAACGACCACCCAUCUGCUAAACAAUUUCUAUGUUGCCGAAUUCGGUUUGGGUGGAUUGCACCGGAUCUAAAGUAGCUCAAAGUACAAAAUUGUAGUUUAGACUUUCCAUGUUGAAGAAAUCGGGACAUAAAUCAAUUUUACGAAGAAUAUUGCAUUAGGUAAUUAAAGCUUUGUACUUUACAUAUACAGCUUACCUGCCUUUGAGUUGUUCAAGCUCUUGAUCCCGA